AUAUGCGGUUAUUUCAGUUAUUCUUUGGUAUUUUUAUAACUGCACAAAGCUAUUGUUAACUUACUUUAGGUUGUCUUAGAUUUCUAAUUUGUCAUAAAGUUUCUUAAGGUAAAGAAGAAAUGUGACUCUUUUGUGGAGGAGUGUAUCGUAUCAAAACUUGGCAACCUGAGCUAAGACAAUUGUCUUUUUGUUCCCUAGGGAAAUGCUUCUAGAAGAUAACUGGUUUCUAUGUAGUGUACCCUCCUAAAUUAAGUUUUUUAGUUUAGCUUGCCUUGAGGAAAAGCUUUUCAGAAUAUCCUAAGAGAUCCUGGUAAUCUAAUUAAUCUUAUGGAAAUAAUACUAAAAUUUGUUCUUUAUUUCCCUAUCCAUAAUGCAUAUGGUGUUCCCUCCCUUACCUAGCUCCAUCCCUGCACUGUCAAUGGUGACUGUCAACUGCACCACUAAAAGGGACAAAGACUGGCUUGGUGGUGGGAACUGGUUUGUUGUUCCAACAGAAGCAGGGGAGGGGGGGUAGCCGUCCUUGUGGAAAAGGUCUCCCAAGACCUGAGGGCUUUUUGUGAAGAGGAGGUGAGUUUGGUUGAUGCCAGCAAGCAUUUGCUUCUUGUUGCAGUGGCUAAGGCCAUGAUUCAGCAGUUGUCUUCAAAACCUGUCAAGGCAAGACCAAGGAACAGGGGUUUGCAGUUAUUUGGGCUCUGUGUGGAAGGGUCUCAAUAGCCUUUCAGAUUCUGAACAUCAACUGAUGAUUGAAAGUUGGUGUUAUGGUGGGGUAUUCCCGUGUAUAAUAUAUAUUCUGCAGACACUCUGGAGGAUUUUUCCUCUGAAAAUGGAAAUACCAUGACAGAUGUAAUAAAAGCAGUUCAGAACUGCAUAAGUAAAGCACUGUAUGCUUCCUACCUUGCAGAUGUAUGUCAUUUUUGUAUACCUCUUGUUUUUAUUUAAUUCUAUUCAGUGUAUGUGUUGAUAAGUAAAUAGAACUAGCACUGGAAUGCAGUUCUUUUCAAUAAGCCAUUACUUUGUUUAGGUUUUUUUUCUCCUAAAUUUCCAUGCAUGUAUCAAGAUACUGGAAGGCAAAAUACUUUGAUGGCCAUCUUUGUAGAAUAUAUUCCUGAAUGAGUGAGGAAGUAGUAAUUUUAGUUAGCACUAUAUGAAAAAGUGAAGACAGUGCAGUGAGCUUAGUUUUCAGUUUUUAUCCGUCAUAGAUGUAAAUAAUUCAAACAUGCAAGCAUGGAAUGAAGUUGACAGUUUCAAACUGUGACUGCGUGAAUCUCGUAGGAUAAUGUUAAAACUUAUUGUGUACGUCAAUUUGACAUUCUUUAGAAAAAGUUAAUCCAAAAGUAAAUGAGGAACUUAGGAAAAGAUUGCCGACUCCAAAUCAACACAGUUACACAGAAUUGAAAAAGAAAUGUACAACUUCAUUUGAGGGAUUCUUGUAAGGAACUCAGUUCUGCGAUAUGAGCUCUGAAAUCUUCAAGCAAAAACUGGACUCGGUGCCAGAUCAAACAAGUUCAAAAGAACAAAUGGAGAACUGGUCAAACGAAACACACAUCCUGGAACAGAAAGAAAACGACUUUUGUGCUGAGUUUCAGUUUCAUCAGAAUUCUCAGAAAACCUCAGAAUCUUUCAUCCAGGCAGAAGCUGAAGCACUGAAAAUUUCAGAUUUGCCAGUAACGAGUCAAAGAGGAGGCACCCCAAAUGGCUGUAAUCCCAGUCCUGAAGAAUCAAGUAGCGUAGAAAGAAAGGCUAACAGGAUGCUCCCUGAAUUUGUAUCCUCAUGGAAUAAAGCUGCCGAUUUAGGUGGAAAAACAGAAACUGCAUUCCUUUUGAAAGAAUUGGAGACACUGAGGGCAAAAAAUAAAAAGCUUGAAGAUAAGCUUUCUGAAAAGGACAAGGAGCUGAAGACAAUAAAACUGGACUUAGAACUGCAAGAGAGAGCUACAGAAGCUAAGAUUGCAGAAAAGAUUGCAGCUCUAGUGGAAGAAGUUUAUUCUGCUCAACGGGAACGUGAUGAGGCUGUCAUGGCAAGGCUUAGGUUAGCCCAUGAAGAGAGAGAUGAAGCAUUUCUACGAGUCCAGCAUUUAGAAGAGUGUCUCAAAGAGCUAGAAAAUAUUAACCCUGAGGAAAAUGACAUGACAUUACAGGAAUUACUGAACAGAAUAAACAAUGCAGACACAGGGAUAGAUAUACUGAAGAAUGGAGCUAUAAUUCUGAAUCGAAUACACAGGACCAAAGAACGUAAAAAGAAAAUAAUAGCUGAGGAAAUGAAUGCAGUAAUAGAACAACGGGAUGCUGCUUUGUAUCAAUGCAAACGGCUGGAGCAGGAGCUUCAUCAUCUCAAAGAGCAGAACCAGACUUCAGCAAACAACAUGAGACAUCUGACUGCUGAAAACAAUCAAGAACGUGCUCUGAAGGCAGAAUUGAUAGCCUUGCAACAAGAAAAAGAGGCUGCUCUUCAACACUGCAAAAAAUUAGAAGAAGAAAUUCAGACAUUGCGUGUUUAUUACAGCUUAUCCAAGUCUUUGCCUGAAGGAAUGAGACUGCAGGACCAGCUUAACUGCACUUACAGUACUUCUGAAGGUGGACUGCAAGGCAGAGCAGAUGUUGUGACCCUCACCUAUUGUCAGAUUGAAGAUCUGGCAGCUCAGCUGCAGCAAGCUCGGUCAGAGCAAAAGGACACAGAGCUGAAGCUCCAGAAGGCCCUGGAGGUUUCACAGGAGGCUAAUGAAAAAGUUCAAAAGUUGGAAAGGCUGGUGGACGUCCUGAGGAAGAAGGUUGGAGCAGGGACCAUUAGGACCGUGAUCUGAUUGAAAGCUCUAGUCUAAGGAAGCAUUCACAUCUGGUGACCAGGCUGCUUCAUUCAGCACUGUGUAAACACUAAAGCCUUAACUUAGCAAACAGUUGUUAGAAGUGGGACACUCCAGCGACAUUCCAAGCUGAGAUAAAAUCAAAUCAUAAAUGUUUAACUACUUUGCUGCUGAGUUCUGUGAUUUGUUGAAAUGUUUCUCUGCAAACAUAUAUUUGUUUUUAAGCAGAUGCAUUGUGGCACUGUGUUCUGUGAAAAAUGAUGUAGAUGCUUAUUUUAACAGUCUGCCCUCUCAGUGUUACUAGACUAUAGUCUGCUGCAAGGCACAGUUUGAUCACAUUUUCAAAUACUGCGGGCUUCAGGUGCAAAAUCCUGCAAAUCAGUUUCAAAAUUUAAAUCUCAUGUCAUUUGUGGGACUGCAAACAGUCCAGUAUUUGUAUGUUAAAUAUAUUAAUUCAUAAAAUAGGUUCACAUUCAAGAAAUAUAUGUGUACUAGAGUGUACUGGAGAUUUUUUCCUUCGUACUCAGCCCAUUGAAUUGCACCUAGUGACUGUGGCUACAACUAAUAGAAGGAUACAUAUAUAGCUUUAUACAAUAAUUGAAUAGCUACUGUUAGUACAUGGCAUUUUCAAUGUACAUUAGAAAGAAACAUACAAGUAGGUUUAACUAGAGGUACAGCUUCAUAAAUCACAACAGGAAAGCCUUGUGACAUUGUACAGUGUCUUAGACAGUGGGGGAGGUUUCCUGUAUUGUUGUUAGCCACUCCUCUGUCCUUUCCUAUGAGGGAAAAUCUCUCAGAUAUUCAGAAACCACCUUAUAGAGUUAAAAAUUGCCUUUUCAGCAUAAGUGGGUGGGUUCAUCACCCUUUUCCUACAAGACUUUUUGUCUGCUUCCUCUAGACCUCUGAUUGCUCUGGAGUGCAGGAGUACCAUCCAGGCUGGGUUUGAGGCCAGCCUGCCAACCCUCUGCUCUAUGUACUCCUGAAGUGCCCUAGGGCUGAACUCAAAGGUGGAAGGAUAGACUCCUACAGGAGGGGGGAAAUUGUGAGGAGGAAAAAUUGGGGUACACAGAUGUUAUAUUCCUCUUGCCUACUUUGCUUUGUGUUUAAUGUUAUGCUGUCUUCCCUCUUAAUGUUUGCUUGUGCAGGUAUCAUGAUAGCACAGUCUACCUGAAGAAAAUUAAAUUUUAAUUUUGGAUAGGGGGAGACAUUUCAAUGCCUGCUUUUCCUUUCAAGCAAUUCCACGUUAAACCUUCAUUGUCUGCAGACCUAAACUCCUCCUAGUUUCAUUCAACCAAACCUAAGCAUUUGCAGGGAGAUAAGUAGCAUUCCUCCAAGCCAAAUUUACCCAUGUCACUUCCAGAAACUUCUGAAGUGCUCUUUUUUUACCUAUGGUCAAUCCUAAGAUAGCCAGGGAGUCUGGAGUCUCUGCCCCCAGCCUUUUGAGUGGGAAGAAAGUUUAAUGCUUCCAGAGCAGAGGACUGUCACUGUCCAGCUCCCAGCCCCUUCACCAUCUCCCAUGUGCUGCUGUCCAGUGCUUGGACCACUCAACUGCUCUUUUUCCUACUGUCCUCAUUGAGCUUUAGUGAACCAAGCGAAAGACAUGAUCUCCUGAGCUGUCACUGCUGUUGAACCAUUUCUCCUCUAAGGAAGCAGUGAGGAAAGAAUAAAGAUAAAGAUGUAAGGACUACCAUACUGUGCUAGAUCAAAGAUCCAAGUAGCCUAAAGACUGCCUUUGGCAAUAACCAGUAAAAGAUGCCUAGGAAAGGGUAUAAAGUCAGGCCAGCACUAGUGACCUUUCUCCCAAAUGGUGUCCCAGCAAUUUGUUAUUUAGGAGAUUUCUGAACCAAAGGUGGUAUCUUUGUAUUUAGCAGCAUUUUUUCAUGACCUGUUUUUGAAUCCAUCUAAACUUUUAGUAUCUACUUGUUCCUGUCACAAGGACUUAUGCAGUUAACGAUGAAUUGAGUGAAUAAAUAUUUCCUGUGUUAGGAACCAGCUUUAUUCAUUUGCUAUCACCUAGUUUUCAUAGUAGAGAAACAGUGAACAACUAUUCCCAGUUCAUAUCGUUUUCACUUCCCUUGUGAUUUUGUGUAUUUGGCAUCCUCCUCCCACCAUAUCUUUUCCAGAGAGAACCCCUAGUCUCCUGUAAAGGUUGUGUCUCAUGUUUUUAAUUGGCCUCGUCAUGCUAAUCUAUUUCUUUUCCAGUUCUGCAGUGUUUUUAUUGAAAUACAACCAGAUUUGUGCCUGAUAUUCAAGAUACAAGCAAACUGUGACUUUAACAGUUGACUUAAUGAUGUUGCCUGUUUUAUUCUCUAUGCUACUUGUAACAAUUCUUAGCAUUGGAUUUCCUUUAUGACAGAUGAUUCCUUGGAAUUAAUAUUUCUAUAAUAAUAAAAAUAAUUCUAGAUCUCAUUCUCAGUUGUAAUAUUCAGCUCAGAGUUCAUCAUAGGGUGUAUGAAGACAGAAGUGUUUUCUGAAUGCAUAACUUUGCAUUUAUGGGUACUGAAUGUCAUCUAUUGUUUUAUCAUGCAUUCCCUGGUGACCAUGAGCUCCUACUCCAUAUAUUUUCAUAGCUUAUUAUUACUACUCACAGUAACAUAGUAUCAUCAGCAUUACCACACUGAAUAUGAUGACAUAAAAUACCACCAUCUCCAAAUUAACCCCCUUUUCAAGGUGAUUUCUUAGUUAAGUUGAAAAACAUGAGCUGUGGGACAAAAAUCCCUGUAGGACAAUAGGGUAACUUUCCUUCACUGUGAGAAGAAUACAUUUAUUCUUACCCAUUGUUUUAAUCUGACUUUGAACUAUUUAUUUUUCAAUAUAAAUAUCUUCCCUCUUACUCCACGGCAGCUUUGAUGAGGAAGCUUUUUCGCUACUUUGGAAAUGCAAGUUUACUAAAUCAGGGCUUGUUUUCCAUGCAUGAAUGUGCUAAGUUCCUCCUUCUCCUAGGAGUACCAAGAGCUCCUCACCUUCGCCCAAGUCUUUCUACCUCUGAACAAAUAAUCUUGUGAGUGCAGGCUUCGUAAAGCAAGACUGUUUCACCUCCAGCCUCUUGGGUCCACUGGCUUUGUUUGGAAAAGUAGGAUCAGACAGGCAAAAGCCAUCUAGCAGACUUGAUGUCAGAUACAUCUGGUUAUGGGUAAUACAUGAUUCUGUAAAAUUAAGCUAUAAUUUUGCUUCAUAAUUUUCCUUUUGACACAUUGUACCUAAGAUGAAAAAAUAUUUCCUGACUCUGUCUUGUACCAAGUAGCCUGAAAUUCAGUGGGCUUUUAGUUAGGGAUUUUCAUCAUCCUGUAGGUAAAUUACUUUGAAUCAUUAUUAAAUUAGGUGUCGAUUUUAAAAUUCAGCAAGAAAUAUUUGUCUUCUUUGAAAAGGACCUUGGGAAAUUUACUGUGCUGAGAGGCAAAGAUUCAGAAACAGUUGGGUUCUCACUCUUUCUUGCUAACAACCUGGUGUGUGGUCUUUGGCAAAUCCCUUAGUGACAGUCAUAAAAGGUAUGCAGCCUCUAAAGAGGUGCCUAGACUCCUCGGGGGAGUUUGCAAAAGCAUCUGUGUGGCCAAUGUCAAAACACUUUUGCUUCUUCACUAGCUGGAGUGAACAGCAAAAGUCAUACAGGUCCAGUAAUGCAGGCCCAGCCUUUAGUGCCCUCAGGUGAAUUUCUGGCCCUGUUGAACCCAGUCUGAGUUCUGUCUUUCAGUGUAACAAGAGCAGGAAUUCUGGUCUGGCUAAUAGAAAUAGGUGGUAAUGAUAACACAGGUUAAUUGGCUUUUAUCAUAUAGUUUAUUCAUUAAGAACUGAUUGAUGUCUGCAUAGAGCUCUGAAAGUGAAAAGAAGCCUGCCCCUAUACAGCAAACAACUGCAGUUGUCACUUCUGUCCUAAUUUAUGAGGGAAGAAUGAGAUUGCAUCAGAUUAUGUACCAGGAGUAGCAAUUCAUUUGCCUCCUGAUGGAAUAACAGUUCAUGAUGAAAGGUGGCUCACUAUAGGCAAUGCUUGUGGUGAUGGUGUAAUCACUGGUCAGAUUAGUGUUCCUGCUGUCUUGAAGAGCACUGAGAUACUCAGAAACAUCUUCCCCCUGUGAGAUUUUGUGUGUUUCUCUCUCUUGAUGAUCCUGCAGCACGUUAUGCAUAGGGAGCCAUUUCUGGUAUAUGUCAGAGUUAAAUAUGUAAAUAGGAUCAUGUUGGCUCGGGAGAAGAGUGUUAUUAAUGCUUUUCUGCACUGUAAUUAUAUUCAUAGUAAGCCUUCCCUAAGCCCUCACUAAUUAACAAUAUUGUGACAAAUCAACUUUAACAGAAAAGAACUGUGGACCUUUAGUCUUUUGGUACUGCUUUUCAUUCAGCCCACAGCCCAAAAUUGGUGGCAUGGUUUUCUGUACUAGUGUUGGGAAAACUGCUGAAAAGUUCAGACCCAGCUCAGUCUUGCUAGUGGAAUCCUGUAGGUGAAGUUGGUUUGAUUCCUCUUUAAAUAUAUUCACAAGAAUGUAAGAAUUCAUUAUUUAAUCAUUAAUGUAGAGGAAUAUUAGAACUGCUUUUAUAAAUAAGCCAUCAUGUUGAGAUAUUUUACUAAUGUCAAUAUGUUGUCAUAGGUGCAUUUGUUUAUUCCAAAUAACAGGACAUUUUACAGGAUACCUUAAUUUUCAAAUUGAAUGGCUUUAUAAAUAUUCUUAUGAGGUGAUCAAGAGUUGUAACAUCUUUAAUCCACGUACACAAAUGAACUUCCUAUCUAAAUGUCAGGAUUUCUCUGUGCCUUCAUUUUCUUCAUUUAGAAUAAUUCAGUGGAAGGCUGUUAGGUUUGUUGGGGUUUUUUGUUGUUGGGGUUUUUUUUCUUUCUUUUUAAUUUGUACCCCAGAAGAUUUUCCUCCCAUGCAAAAAUAAACUGAGGCACAUGAAAUCACUGACUGGCAGUUUCUCUGAUACUGUGCUUGCUAUGAUCGCAGCGUUACAUGUACUAACUCUUAUUACUGUACCAUUUCACAUCAGGUCUGCAGAACUGGACUUUUCUCUGUUUGUUCUUCUCAUGCAUUGGUAAAUAAAAUGUAUUCAGAAGUCCAAAAAACCAAAAUGGUGUUCUCAUAUUAGGUUGAUUAUAAGUCAGCUGUUGAGCUUCAGUGGUCUAAACAUUUCAUUCUUCAGUUUUGUUGGGAGCACACGUGUUCUGGGAGGCUUUUAAACAAAUACUUGAAAUGGUUGAAAGAUUUACAUUGCUAGUGCCUAGCUAAAUAUGUAGUCUUUAGAAAAGACAUGGUUUAUUUUGGCACCAUUUGAAAAACUCAAAUAUUUUAAACAUUUGUUAAGUUUGAGCUUGCACAUUUGAACUAAAAGUUUGCAUUCCAAAAUUGCAUCUCAGGUUACCUGUCUCUCUCUCUUUUGUAUUUUAUAAUCCCUUUAUUAAAAUAGUCUGCAAAAGGA